GUUUUCACUUAAGAAUUAUCAGUAGCAAUUAAAUUGUUAACACUCGAUUAUAUCAUCUCCUUAAGGAUAUACUUUAAACAAAAUGAACAUCGCAAUCUACUGCAGCUUAGUGUGCGUGUUUUACCUCUGGGCCAGUGCCGAAGGAGCGCCAUCCAACUGCAGAGCGGGAAGCGCCUGUAACGCUUGUCCCGAAGGUCAAUACUGGACCGUGAAGGUCAAUGACGCACUUGGUCGGCCACGUGACCUGAAGGUGUGUUCACCUACAUGUAGCAAGUACUGCCGAGCCGGGAACCGGGCUAGCGACGGGAGGCCUUGGUGUCAAUGUUACGAUCCUGCCGACAUCAGGGGUGACUGCUGGAAGGGGGCUCAAUGUGACACAUGCCUGGCCGGGGCCAACGCUGCCUAUGGCGGAAACAUCAACAGUAUUCCCGUGUGUUGUGCCAAUUGUGAGGCUUCAGGACUCAUGCUAGGAAGCAAUCUGUGUAACUGCCUUCACAACGGGCCUUAGAGAUCAGGAAAUCCAUCAAACUUUGCGAAUUAACUGGGAAGCCACCUUUUAGAUGAGUCCAUGAACUUUUUAUGUAUUUAGCUCUGUAAUUCAACAAAAUAAUAAUAAUUAUAUAAAAAAUGUGGUCAUUCAUUACGAAAAUUAUUAAUUUUCAAAGUAUUUUUUUUAAAAAUCGUGUAAUAAAUUCAGGAUAGAAUGAG